UGUUCGGAAUUUCGCCAAUUUGCUAAUGGCUUGUGAAGUUCAAAUUCUUACGGAAGCAGUAGCACGUGGUUUCGGUAACCUUUCUUCUCUGUUCAGAUUUGUUCUUUCCGUAAGGCAUUAGUCUUUUGUCCGAUAUAUGAUUAAAGGAUCGCGAAAAUGUCACGCUCCGUGAAAGAUUCAGACGAUGACUUUGAGCCAAAACCAGCUAUAAGUCGUAUGCAGACCCGAAUGUUUACUGUACAAUCGGUGAAUUCUCCGUUACGUCGAAGCAGCAGAAUAAAACAGACUAAAUAUUCGCCAGGUUCUGAAAGUGAUAGUAGUAUCAGCAGUAUUCAAACAACUCGGAGUACUAGAACACGAACAGCAACUAUGGAUUCCACUGCCUCAGAUACAACGAAAAAGCUACGUACUAGAAAGCAUUCCAUUUCUUCAGAAAUUAGUGAGAUUGACAUUGAUAUUCCACAAACACCUGUAAAACGAACUACAAGACAAAGUUCAGGUACUGCAAGUCUUGUUAGCACACCAACCAGAGUUAAUACUCGAGCAACCAGUAAGCGCUUUAUGCGUGCUGGUUCCGAGACAAAGUCACCAUUGCCAGCAACUAGAAUCACACGUAAUACAAGAGCAAGGUCUAUUGAUCCAGAAUCUUUAACUGAAAAUAAGAACCAAUCUAAUUCACCAAACAAAAUACAUAGGCGAGCAUCUGUAUUGCCAUCAAGUUCUCAGAUUAAAGAACAAACUGAACUGAGUGAUCGUAUACCUUAUGUACGAUUGGAUUCUACAAUAGUUGAAGCUGAUGAAAUUACAAAUUCCGGAAAUUCAGAUUCUUCGCCAGAUAAAGCGUUACAACGCUUACAUCAAAUUAAAAGAAAACUUCAAAAUAUAGUUAAGGAUAAAGUUGAAGAAGAUUAUAGUCAUGAAAAUUUAGAGACCUCAACUGAUUCAUCAAAAUCAGAUGAAAUAUCUCAAUUGUCAGAGAAAAAGGAUGCAACACAAACUGAGGAUAACAUUACUGGAGAAACAGCGAAGAACACUGAGAAUACUCUCGAUAAAGAGCAAAAGAAGUUUGAAGAAACUGCACCAUCCGACAAGAAUAUAAUCGAAGAAUUCUCUACCCACCCUUCUCCAAAUCAUCGAAAUUCCACAAAAGGAGACACAAAAAUUGUUGAAAAUCUUCCAGAUAUCGAAAAAUCAUUACUUGAUAUAUGUGAAUCAAAUAAAGAAAUGGAAGUUAUGCCCGAAAACUUAUCAGGUACUUCUAUCGAGGAAGAAAAAAGUAACAAGGAAAAUCAAAUGCUGAAUAUUAUUAGUGAUGUAGCAGAAAAGCUUAUGCAGCCUAAGCCGACAUCUUCUAUCAAAUCUUUUACUUCACCUUUUAUGAAUAAAUUAUUAAGUGAGAAGGAAACUAAAUCUAUGAAAAAGGAACUAAACUUAAAUAAGAAAUGUCGCUCAAGAGAAUCGACAGAAGUUUCAAUUAAACAUAGCGAUCUGUCAAAAGAAACUAUUGAUAUCUCUCAAGAAAAAAUGGAUAUUUCUAUAGAAUCUAUAAAUUCAAGUGCUUCAGAUAAAACCAUUUUGAUACAUGAUAGUAUCAUGACAGAAGUAGUUGAUAAAGUUACUAACAAAGAUGAAAUAUCUACUAAAAAUACAUCUGCUUAUAAUGAGGAUGCAAUGGAAAUAAUUAGCGAAUUAGAGAAAACUGAUACAAAAGAAUGUACUAUUACAGAUAACAAAAAUUCUAACAAAAUUAAGUCAAAUGAAGUAGAUAAAACAUCGCGUUUAUCUAUAAAUCUAAUUACGUCAAAACAGAUAAGUGAUAGUAGAGAAAGUCUCGCUUCUAUUAUAACUGCAGAUGAUGAUAAAAUAAAAUUAAUAUUAGAAGAACAAAGUCCACAUCGAAGUGAUAACAAAGUUUCGCCAAACGUAGCAUACUCUAAGCCUGAUCAAUCAGUAGAUUUACAAAUAUUGUCACCAAUUAAUAAAACUUCUGCUGAAUCAGCUACUGUAAUAGAUAAACAAUCAGCUUUAACUCAAGAUAAGACAAUAGUAAUUGACAGUUCUGAUUCUAUAGAACAAGAACAGGAAAAUUUAUUGAAACAAGAAACAGAGUCAAUGUCCCAAUCUUCUGAUAUUGUCCUGGAGACAAAUAAUUCCGCAUGUAAUGACUCAAAUGAUGCAGUAAUUCAAGAUAAUCAACUUACUGAUGUAAUAGAAGCAUCUAAAAAAUCUACAAUGGAUAUAUCAUUUGAGAAAACAGAUUUAAAAGAUAUUUUGUCAGAAAAAGUGAAACCAAAUUUAAAACGAAAAAGUACAGAUAAUUUGGAGGGAGAAAAGGAAUGUUUACAAAUGGAAAUGACUCAAAAGGAUCAAGAAAAAAUAAAUGUCGCUGAUGAUGUUUCUGAUGUCAAUGUCGGCAUUAAUUUAUUCCAAGAUAUCCCCGCUGACAAAUGGAAGGAGAAAAAUGAUGAUAAAACUGGUUCAAUGCAGUCUACCUCCCAAUUAGUGGAAGAGGUGAAAAAUGAAAAUGAAGCUGAACACGAUCUUAUCUUGAUGGACAGACAAGCAUGGUUGGCGGCUGAAACCAUAAAAGCGGCAAAUGAAGCAGAAUCUUUUGAAUACGAUUCCGAUGACACUGUAUUAUUAAAGAGUCGGUUAGACGCGUCACAAACGAAUUAUGAUAUUGAAAAAUUAGUCACCAUAGAUGAAGAAAUUCCAGUGGAUAUUGAUUUUAACGAAAAAAACGGAAAACAAGUAAAAAAACGAAAGUCAAGAACUAAAAAGAGACUUGUAUCCGAAAUAGAUGAAGAAAUUUCUAGAUACACAGAAAAUGAAGAUAAUUUAAUGCCUGUUGAUAAAUCUUUAAAUGAAUCCAAAACAGCUUUAAAUCGAACUAAUGACCGAUCCAUUUCCAGAUUAAAUAAAUCAGAACAGUCAGGAAAAACAAAAAGACGAUCUUCUAAAGCAAGUGAAUUAGAUAAAGAAAUUGAAGAUGAUGCAAAUGAAUUAAAUAGAAGUUCGCUAAUAAGUAAAAACAAUAUAUCUUUACGAAAAUCGACAGGAAAAAGAACAUCAUUAAACAAAUCUUUGAAAGAUAUAUCUAUGCAAAAUAUUUCUCCAAGUAAAUCUCAAAUAGAUAAUUCAGAGAAAGAAUUUGACGACACAGCUGCAAGUACUAAGAAAAAAUUACAUAAGAAAAAACAUUCCUUGGAUCAAUCGUGUACUGAAGAUACAGAUGAUGAUGCAACCAAAUCUGAAAAGAAGAAUGUAGCAACUGAAGAUUGCAGUAAAAAACGUGAAAAUACAUCCUUAAAUCAUUCGGUGGAUCAGGAAUCAGAGCCGACAGAUACUAGGAAAACAAUACAUUUGAAUGAUGAUGGAAGUGAUGAUAGUGAUAUAAGUGUAAACAUAGUAGCUAUGAAUCUUGGAUCUAAAACUUAUUCUAUGAUAGCAAAUAUGGGAUCGGAUAGCGAUGAAUGUAUAACUUCAAGGUACUCAUUUACAAAAGCAAACAGUGAAAGCAAUACUGAUGAUAGUAACGGCUAUUCUGAUAGCCUCAAUAGAGAAUACAAUCUGGAUGGAUUGAAACUAAAGUUUUCUGAUGAUGAUGUACCUGCUGAUGAAUGUAGAGAUUCAGAAGUAGAAUUUUCAGAUUCUGAUGACAAUGGUUCAGAUCUUGAAGGUUUUAUAGUUGAUGAUAUUGAAGCAGAAAAUGAAGAAGAUAAUGACAUUGAAGCAGAAAAUGAGAAAGAAGAAAAUGAUGAAGAAGAUAAUGACAUUGAAGCAGAAAAUGACGAUGAAGAAGAUAAUGAAAAUGAUGAUAACGUUGUACAAAAGGAAAAAGUGGAAGAUGAAAAAGAAAAAGCGAAUUUUAACACGGAAUUAAUAAAUAUCGAAAAUAAAGACAAUGAAGAUGUACAGAAAAAGGAUACAGCAGACAAAGACACAAACCAAAAUAAAUCCGAAAUGGAAGCUGUUUCUUUAUAUGCCAGUACUUCUCAUAAACUAUCCAAAACUCAUGAAAAUAAGAACAUAUCUAUCGAACAUAUUUCACCUUGUAGAAGUGAAACAGAAACAAAACAAGACAUAAAAAUGAAAAAAUCUAGUAUGAGGAAAAAUGAAAAAUCUAUUUUACAAGACUCAUCAAAUUCAGACUUGUCGAUUAAGAAGAAGAAGAAAAAGAAAUCCCUUACGAAGGAAAAUGAAACUAUUUUGUUCAAUACUUGUAACUUAAUCUCUUCAUCGCUUAAAAAGAAAAGUAUAUUAGAUCCGCAAUAUUCAAAAGAUGGAGCUGAACAAAACUUGAGUGAACAAUUAAAUAAAUUUAAAUCAACAUCUGCAAAAUUGUCGGAAUUAAACGCGUUAAUGGAAUUAAGUAUCCCAGAUUUCAACAGCUGUAAGAAAUUAGAACUUGAUGAAACAUUGGAAAGAAUUCCGGAAAAUAAAGCUAAUAAGUCAAACAGUACGUUUAAAACAACACAAAAUAUUUCAGUUAAGGAUAAAUCAAAGAAGGCCCUUACAUUAAAUAAAGAUAUCAGUUUGAAGAAGUUUAAAGAUGCAAAUAAAAAAAAGAUAUCAAGCGAUUUUUCACCUAACUUAUUGGAAAAGUUAGAAGAGACAAGUCCUUCAAAAUUAUUCAAGAUAGUAUCACGUAAAACAAUGAAUAUAGAGAUCGAAACACCAAGGUUAAAAUACCUCAGAAAAGAAAAGUUAAACGAAAGUGCGCCAACUAAAUUAGAAUAUAGUACAGAAACCAAUUCAUUACAGAAACAAUUAUCUGCAGAAAAAGAUACUACACAAAUAAAAAUAAAAGAGAAAAAUAAAGACAAAGUACAUGAUUUGAUAAUACCGUCUAAUGACGAUGUCAUACAAAAAUGUAGUCAAAAGAAACAGAAAAAGCGUAAGAGACAAGAAUUGUCAAACAAAAAUAUGAGCGAUGAAGCUUUGUCUGAAGACAUAAUAGAAUUAAAUGUUCCUAAAAAAAAGAAAGUCAAGCUAACUCCAUUAACUAUUGUAGAGGAUAAUAUCCCCAAAGAUGCGUGUGAGAUUAAUAAGAAAAAGAAGAAGAAAGAUAAAUUAAAGGCAAAUAUCACUGAUAAAGCUGAAAACGCUAUAGAAUUAAAUAUUUCUAAAAAGAAGAAGCCUGUCAAGCUUACUCAAUUAUCUGUGGUAGAGGACAAUACUCUUGAAGAUGUAUCAUUAUCUCAUAGUGAUGAGAAACAGCUAAAACAAUAUGUAUUAAUGAAAUAUAUUAUCCGUGAAGCUUGGUCUAAAGAUAUAACAAAAUUAAAAAGUCCAAAAAAGAAGAAACGUGAUAAACUUAUCCAGUUGCCCAUUGUAGAGGACAAUAUUCGUGAAGACGUAUAUCAAAUUAAUGAGAGAAAAAAGAAAAAGAAAAAACAAGAUAUAUCAAAGGAACAUGUAAUCGAUAAACCUUUAGCUACAGAUGUUAUAGAAAUAAAGAUUCCUAAAAAGAAGAAACGUACUAAGCUUACUCAAUUAUCCAUCGUAGAGGAUAAUACUUGUGAAGACGCGUGUCAAAUCAAUAAGAUUAAGAAGAAAAAGAAACAAAUUAAUAUAGUUGAAGAAAAUACAAAUGUAAACAAAGAUAAUAUGCUUCGAAACAUUCGCGGGAAUAGAACAGAGUUACCACAGCACAAGAAGAAAAAUAAAAUCGUUAAUAGUUUGGAGUUGGAUUUACUUACAGAUAAACAAGAAAAGCAAGUAAAAAAGAAAAUUAAACGGCAAGAGACAGUGGAGAAUAUUGAAACUUUGCGAACAGAGAAUAAGAAGAAAAAGAAAAAGAAGAAGGAGGAGGAUACUUUGCCAGUACAAAUUCCAGUUUCAAGAUUAAAGUCUGAGAAAAUUUUAUUGUCUAAUAAAUUACGAUUACAAAAAACUGCAUUAGGUAUGAAUGAAUCGAAAAAUGUAGCCUGUAACACUAAGGAACUAGACGAAACUGAUGCAAAGGUGUAUACUGAAGAAUCGAGGUCCAAGAAGAAACGCAAUCGAAAUGAAGAUGUCGAAAAUGCGAUCUAUGUGAAUAUUCCCACAAAGAAAUCAAAAAAAGAAAUUAAAGAAGAGAGUAAAUUUUUACUGCCUUCAAGCGGUCUGAAACAACUACCGGACGAUGUGAUCGAGAAUCUUGCGGAUGUGCCAACAAAAGCGAAAAAAAGACAGAAAACUUCGCGAAACAAAGAAAAAAUUGUAUCAUCAGCAACCACGAGUAAAGUAAAGGUGACGACCGCUGAUCGUGAUAACACGUUGAAUACUUCUGGUUGCACCACGCAAUUCAGUGUAGUAAACUUGCAAGAGACUAAAAAACAGUCAAAAGAAACUGUUACUGCAGCUUCGUUCAGAAAACGUAUGCUUACUAGAAAUAACAGAGAACCAAUGUCGUCCUAUUUGAUGUUUUGCGAGAAAAUGAGUCAGCCCAAAUAAUAGGUUUUUUAAUAUGUAUUAAGUAUAUGUUAUUUUUAGAUUUACUGUCCGAA